UGUGCAAUAUGGAAGUUUGUGUUGAUUCAGUUAGAUCUGCAAUAAACGCCGAAAUUGGAGGUGCAAAACGGAUUGAGCUCUGCACAGACCUUUUAGAAGGCGGAGUAUCACCAAGUGUAGGUCUGUUGAAGGUGGUCAAGCGAAAGGUAUCCCUACCCGUGUUUGUAAUGAUACGACCCAGGGGUGGCGACUUCUUCUAUUCUGAAACAGAGUUUGAAGUGAUGAUUGAAGAUUGCAAGCAGCUAAUUAAUGCUGGAGCUGAUGGAAUUGUAUUUGGAAUACUUGAUAGACAUGGAAAAAUUGAUGUUAAAUGUUGUCAAUACAUUAUAGAUUUGGUCAAACCACUACCAGUUACAUUCCAUCGAGCCUUUGACAUGGUCCCGGAUCAAAGCGUUGCAUUGGAGAGUUUGAUAAACAUCGGGUGCAGUCGUGUUCUCACGAGUGGAGCACGACCAACGGCUGUUGAAGGAUUGCAUAGCAUCAAAAACCUUGUGCAACAGGCUCGCGAAAGAAUUUUGAUCAUGCCAGGUGGUGGGAUAAACGAGGAUAAUUUACUUGAAAUAUUAAAGUCCACUGGAGCGAAAGAGUUUCACGGUUCAGCUAAAGUUUGGGUGCCAUCUCAGAUGCAAUUUAAGAAUACUCUCGUACACAUUGGUACAUCUAUGGAGGAAUAUGGACACAUGGAAGCUUCAUUAGAGAAAAUCAGGCGGCUGACAAAGAUUGCCAAUGUCUUGUCAUAGGUUGUAACUUCUCAAACGCAGAAUCAUACAUAUGUAACAAAACAAUGAAUGUAGGCAAACGUGUGUGGUUUGCUGGAAAGUAGAAAACUUGUAGAGUGAAUUAAUUAGUUCGAAUUCGAAGAUUGAUCAUCGUCCAGUCUAAAUACAAUAAUAUAUUUAACAUAUAUUUCAUUGUACAAAUAUAUUUCAUCAGUCGUAUCAUGUUAGACCAGAUGGUAUUCCAGUGGAAGCUUGGUUAUACAUUGGAAAAAUAGAGUGACGUUUUUCACACACAUCUUUAACAUGCUGUGCUUGGAGAGACAAUUCUAAAUUACCAGCUAAAUGUGCUUCUUAUUCUCAAAGUGUUCUAAUAAUACAGUGCAAGUAGCUCUAUGAAAGAUUAAAUAAAAUACGAUUGACAACAAAUUUCA